AUGAGAGUUGCGGUGGUGGGAGCCGGGUUGAGCGGGCUGGCAGCGGCGCAGGAGCUCGCGGCGAGCGGCGGCGCUCGCGUGACUGUGUACGAGAAGGAAGACUGGCUUGGCGGGAGUGCCAGGACCGUGCCCGUCGACGACGGCGCCGGCCUCGUCCACCUCGACCUUUGCCCCAUGGUCUUCAACCAGGCAACAUGUCCCAACAUGAUGCAAUUGUUAGAGUUUCUCGGGUUGGAAAUUGAAAGAACGGAGAUACCUUUCUCGGUGAGCAUAAAAUUGGAUAAUGGAAGCCAAUGCUACUGGAGCACUAGCAAUGGUAUCUCAAGCCUUUUGGCACAAAAGAGCAAUGCAUUACGGCCUAGCUUUUGGUGCAUGAUCCGUGAGAUAAUUAAGUUCAAGACCGACGUGCUCAGGUACCUGGAUUAUUAUGAAAGUAACCCUGAUCUUGAUCAAAAUGAAACUUUGGGGCAAUUUGUUCAGUCGCAUGAAUAUUCACACCUUUUUCAAGAAGCUUAUCUUAUUCCUAUAUGCACAUCUGUUUGGUGUUCUCCAUCACAAGGAGUUCUGGGGUUCUCUGCUGUCUCUGUGCUGUCAUUUUUCCGAAACCAUGACCUUUUUCAGUUGUUUGGGCACCCUGAGUCCUUCAUUGUCAAGGGUUGUUUGCAGUCAUUUGUAGACAAGGUAAGAGUGGAACUAGAAGGCAUGGGUUGUCGAAUUAAGACCAGCUGUGCAGUCAAAUCUGUUUCAUGUGAUGACGGAGGUGGUUAUAGAGUCCAAGAGGAGGAUGGUUCAGAAGAAAUUUAUGACAAAGUCAUACUUGGGAUUCAUGCUCCAGCUGCUCUGAAAGUACUAGGUGCUGAAGCUACACAUGAGGAAUUGAGAAUUCUUGGUGCUUUUCAGUAUGUCUGCAGUGAUGCAUACCUCCACUGUGAUAAAAGUUUGAUGCCACAAAAUUUAUCUGGAUGGAGCGCCUGGAACUUUCUGGGGGAAACAAGCAGGGAUAUGUUUGUUACCUACUGGCUAAACCUGAUUCAGAACAUUGAAUCUGCUAAGACAUUCCUUGUGACGAUCAAUCCACCUCGUGUUCCGGAUCAUGUACUACUUAAAUGGUGUGUGAGCCAUCCUGUUCCGUCUGUGGCUGCUGUGAACGAAUCUAUGCAGCUUGAUCAGAUCCAGGGGAAGAGAGGAAUAUGGUUCUGUGGGGCAUAUCAAGGUCAUGGUUUCCACGAAUACGGACUGAAGGCUGGCAAAGCAGCAGCUCAAGGUGUGCUUGGAAAGAAAUGUGACAUUCUGGUGAUCCCAAAGCAGAUAGUCCCAUCGUGGACCGAGGCCGGGGCACGUCUUCUGGUAGCAAGAUUUCUUAACCGAUCGAUAUCCAUCGGAAACUUGAUAUUGCUCGAAGAUGGAGGCAGCAUGCUUAGCUUCGGAAAUGUUAGUUGCAAACACCAUGUAAAAUCAGUCCUGCGAGUUCAUGACCCAAUGUUCUAUUGGAAGGUUGCAACAGAGUCUGACCUUGGUUUGGCAGAUGCCUACAUUAACGGUUGGUGCUCUUUUGCUGAUAAAAAAGAGGGCCUUCUGAAUCUGUUCCUGAUUUUUAUAGCCAACAGAGAUGCACCUAAGAGCAGUAGCAACGUUGUCAGCAAAAGGGGUUGGUGGACACCUAUGCUUCUAACCGCUGGGCUGGCAUCUGCUAAAUAUUUUUUGCGCCACACCUCAAGGAAGAACUCUGUAACACGAACUCGUCGAAAUAUCUCACAACACUAUGAUCUGGGCAAUGAUUUCUUCUCGCUUUUUCUGGACAAAACGAUGACAUACUCUUGUGGAAUUUUCAAGAGGGAGGAUGAAAGCUUAGAGGAAUCCCAGAUACGUAAACUGAACCUUCUAAUUGACAAGGCGAAAGUUGAGAGGGAUCAUUAUGUCCUUGACAUCGGCAGCGGCUGGGGCAGCUUAGCAAUACAAGUGGUCAAGCAAACUGGCUGCAAAUACACUGGAAUAACAUUGUCGGAGGAGCAGCUUAAAUAUGCUCAGGGAAAAGUUAAAGAAGCUGGCUUAGAGGAUCACAUAACUUUCCUGCUGUGCGACUACCGUCAGAUACCAGCUCGCAAAUAUGACAGAAUCAUAAGCUGCGAGAUGAUCGAACAUGUUGGCCAUGAAUACUUGGACGCAUUUUUUACCUGCUGCGAGUCUCACUUGGCUCAAGAUGGCAUUUUUGUCCUACAGGCCAUCACCAUGCCGGACGAACUCUACGAGGAAUACAUUAGAAGCCCAGGCUUCAUAAAAGAAUACAUUUUCCCUGGGGGUUCACUUCCUUCUUUAUCCCGGAUAACAUCUGUGUCCGCCUCUGCUAGACUCUGCAUAGAGCACCUCGAAAAUAUUAAUGGCGACCAGUAUUACCUGACUCUGAGGAGCUGGAGGGACAACCUAAUGGCCAACAAAGAUGAAAUUUUGGCACUGGGCUUUGAUGACAAGUUCAUCCGUGUAUGGGAGUACUACUUCAUAUACUGUGCAGCCGGUUUCAGAACAAGGACACUUGGAGAUUACCAGGUUGUGUUUUCUCGUCCGGGCAACAAUAAGCUGGCCCUGGCUUGA